CUGCAUGAGUCACUGAUGGGUUCAAAUGCAAGGAAAUGAUAUUAGUUGUUUUGCAUGUUUAUCAAUGUUGCAUCUCAUUUUAAAAGAAGCCUGACAUAAGGAAAUGAAAAUAAACCGAUAAACUCUUUCCCCCCAGAGAAUUUAAACAUGAAUUCUAGCGUUUUGUGAAUAAUACAGUAAUAAUGCGGGUGACAAUUAGAUCUAGUCCUUCAGCCCAUGAUAUCCUGCAGUGCUCAGACUUUUUAGUGUGUGUAUUUCCUCAAGCUGUGCAUGAGUAACUUUAAUCAGGAGCAAAGUGGGUUCUUUCUAUUAUAUGCCAUUUCCUCCAUGGCCCUUGCCUCACUUAGAUAUUGCUGUAUGCCUAAUCGACCACAGUGAAACAUCUUUAAAACGUUUUCCAGGGGACUAAGGACUUUUGGGAAAAUGUUUAUAAAGGCAAAAGCCAAGGAGAACAGUUAGUAUGGUUUGUCUGCACAGAUGAAUGUUUCCUAAGAGACUGAUGAGUCAAUGAGUUGUUAAUAGGAUAUGUAAAUGUAACCUUUCUCCCAUUUACCAUCAUUACUUAAGUCAUAACUAUGUAUUUUCGAAAAUUGCUUAAACUGGUUCUUGUCUAGUUCCUUAAUGAAACAGACUCUCUUUGUCCCAUUCUUUUCCAGUCAGUAGUUAGUGCUAUUUAAAGUUUGCCUUGCCCUAUGCUAUCCCUUUCUCCUUCUAUUUUUAUAACAGUAAGUUCAUCAUUAUAUGAUAGAUUUUUGCUAAUAUCUUUGCUUUAGCUUCAUUUCAAUAUUUGCGGAAAGUUUUCAUAUCUGUGUAUUUGACAUUGACUUCUAGCUCUUUGGUUCCCGAUAGGACAUCUUUUGUUUAUUUAACAAAUGUUUAUUCUGUGGCAACUAUGUACCAAGCACUAUUCUUGAUCUUGCAGGUCCAGUAAGCAAAAAUACAUGGUCUGUGCUAUUAUGGAGCAAAGAGUCCAGAUGGAAGGCAAUCAUUAAUUAAAAAAAAAAAAAAAAAAAUCACACACAUAUACACUAAUGAAUAUAUAAUUACAAACUGAAGUAAAUGCUGUAAAGUAGAGCAAUACAGUUUCAUGGGCAUGAAUAACAGAACCCUGAGGAAGUGCCUCUUGAGUUGAUAUGUAAAGGGUGAGUAUGAGAAUUUGGGAGAGGGUGGGAAGAAGAGUUUUCCGGGCAACAGUGGGAACUAUAGAUUUUGCAGAGGCCCUGUAGCAGGAGGGAACAGAGUAAAUUCAAGGAGAAUCACGAGGAGAGUGGAGAGACAUGAGGCUGGACGGCUAGACAGGCCAGUCCGUGCAAGGUCUUACUGGCCGUGAAUUUGGUCUCCAUCCUAAGAACAAUGGAGAGCAUUUUAAGUGGGGGCUGGUGACUUGGUGUGAUUUGUAUUUUGGUAACAUCAUUCGUGGGGGAAUGGAUUGGAGGGGGGCUUUGAGUGGCAGGGGGGAUAAGUUGGCUGGCUGUUGCAUGCGUCCAAGUGAGAAAUGAUGGGAUGUAUGAGGCCUAUAGCCUGUACUAGGAGUUGUGGGGGAGGGCAGGGAAGAUGGAGAGCGAGUGUUUUAGGGAAUAACAUCAACUUCACUUGGGAAUAAGAUGGGAUUUUCUUUUAUUUGUUCAAAAAAUAUUUAGUGAGUCUCUACUGUGUGCCAAACUCUGUGCCAGGCUCUGGAAAUAAAACUGUGAACAUAAUAGAAAAGAACCCUGUACUCAUGGAGCUUACAUUUUAAUGGGAGUGACAGAUAAUCAGUAAGUAAGAAGAUAAAUAUAUAAUAUCAUUUCAGGUAAUGAUAAAUCCUGUAGAGAAAAUGAAUUAGCAUAAGGGAAUGGAGGAUGACAGGGAAGUGUCCUCGUAUAUAGGGUUGUCAAGAAAGAUCUUUCUGAAGUAACAUUUGAGCAGAGACCCAAAUGAAAUGGGAGAGCUAACCCUGCAAAGAUCCUCUACCAAACUGAGGGAAAGACAAGUAUAAGAACUUGAGACUGGAACAAGAAGAACCCCUUCGUGCAAAGAAUACAAAGGCCAGUGUAACUGCAAAUAUGAGAGAAUGAGGGAGGGGAGGAAAAGAAGUUGUUAAGGAUGUCUUGUCAGUAGCAUUUAAUAGAUUUGUUAUCUUCUCUUCAGUCAUGACCAGUUUUUCAAAGCUACACACUGCACCAACCACAGUCCCAGGUUGCUCUGACGCUAAACUGUUCCAACAGCUACUGGAACAGUUUCCUUCCUCCUGUCACACCCUGCUCAAGAAUUUCGAGUGAUGACCCUUUGAUUAGCUCACAUGAAGGGCCCCUCCCUUGUUUUAAUCCCAUUUCUCAUUGCACCCUCUUUGGACUUCGCUGUGUUGUCAAAUUUGUUUGUUAGGCCUUCCACGCAGUUUAUUGAUUUUCUUUAUGGCUUUGCAUUCAUCCUGGUACUGCUUUCCUUUCUGUUAGCCUGUUUCCAUCUGUUCCUUCAAGGCAUCGUUCACAAGUUACAGGUUACAUUUUCUACUAGUUUCUUGUGAUUUAUUCUUUUUUGCCUGGAUCUCUGAGCCCCACAGACUGCUCAAUCUGUGAAAUAUUAUCUUUUUCUUACUUAAGUCACUUGGAGAGGCACUACUUUAAAAUGUUACCAUUCUUGCAAGUUAAAAUAUUUAUAUUCUCUCUUGCCAGAAAAGAUUUGGCUCUGUCAUGUAGGUGACAUUGGCCAAAACAUUCAGCUCUCUGAGAUUUAGGUUUCUUGUUCACAUGAUGAAGAUACUAAGCCUCCCUUAUUACAUUCACAGUGUGGUUGUGAGGAGUAGAUGAAGCAAAACCCGUAAAAUGUUAAGCAAAUAUAAAACAUUUUUUUAAAUAUUUUAUGAGAGUGUAUCCACUAUAGAUGCCUCAGAAGAAAGGCCUGGAGGUCUACUUUUGAAAAAUCAGCCACUGAAAACCCUGUGGAGCACAGUUCUAAUCUGACACACAUGGGGUUGCCAUGAGUCAGAAUUUACUCGAUGGCAAAUGGUUGGUUGGUAUUUCAUAUUCCUAUCUAAUAGUAGGUUUCUUACACCAGCUCCCAUGUUGUGGGAUCAUGUGUGUGCUACAGGAAUUCCAUGAGACUUUUUGAGUUUCCAGGUAUACUAAGCAAGCUUGGGCCAAAUUAACCCACAACAUGAUUCAAUGCACGGGCAAGAAAGUGAAAUCACAAACAUACUGAGUUAGUUCUGUGUGUUGUAAGAGGAGAUAAAUUAGGUGUGGAAGAGCUAGUUUCCUAUAUGUAUAGGGCAAGAUAAAUGAAAUACUUUGUAAGAGUUGUAUUUGAAUUCCAAGCAUUUAUAUAUACUUAUUUUAGAGUUCUGAAAGUCCUCUUAAUUUCAAAUGGGUAUGAAUUAGAGCAGAGACCACUGGCUAAGUGAAGGAACAAAGGAGCCCAGUAGCUUUUCUUCCAAGUUUUAAUAGUACAUUCAGUUAUUGUACUGAGGUGAAUGGAAACAAAUGAACAAACAUGCGAUUCAUGUGCUUAUUUAAUUUUUAUGUGGACUUUUUUUGUGUGAAUAAAUCUAUUGCUUUUUUGGCCCAGCAUGCCUCCCUUUGACUUUCUGGAAGGCUGUGUGAAGUUCUAUGACAGACGGACCACCUCUCUGCUAAACACGAGGAGGGACCAGUUGUGGUUUUUAUCUUAAUUAGAUGCCCUACCUUAGUUGACAAAAACAAGGGUACCUUGUUGUGCUCUCUUUGCUGUUAGAUUUAAAGAAUCUCAUUGAUACUAUAUUAUAGUUUCUUUUUCCUCAUCAGUUUCUUUUUAUUAUUAUUCUGUUUUGUUAUGUUUGACAGUGCUGGGAAGAGUUUCAUGCAUUUUGAGCUAUUGAUGUUGGAGAUCACCAAGGAGCACUCCUUGCGGAGUUUUAUCUAGAUCUGGCAUUAAGGUGUCCCGUUUUAUCUGGUUCUGAAUGAUGACUGACGUGGGUUUGUGUGAUAUCCCUCACAGUCCCUGUCACUCCGGACUGAUAAGGAGCCCACACGUCUAGCCCCAACACCAGGGGGAAAAAAAAAAAAAAAGCAGCUCUGGAGAGAGGAAAGCUUCCGCUUGUGGACUGGACAAAAGUACUGCCUUCGCACGGGUUUCUGCCUGCGGCUCGUGAGCUAGACACCUCGCCUUGUUCUGCUGGCUGCUCUCGCAAACAGAUGGUGUGUGGCCGCCGCAGGACGCCCGCCGCGCCCGGGCGAUGAAGUAGCGGCUGCUGGCGGCACCACUGCCCGACCGCCGGCCCAGCCCCGCGCUGCGCUGCCGGCUCUUCUCCUGGCGCGGCCGGAGCGGCGUGAACAUGGCUCACCGUGCUCUUAGCCUGCUAUUUCUCCUCGUUUUACAAAGCAGCUGUUUGGGUUACAGAAGCCCACUUUCUGUCUUUAAGAGGGUUAAAGAAACUGCCAGAUCAUUUCCCAAUGAAUGUCUUGGUACCUCCAGACCAGUAAUUCCAAUUGAUUCAUCAGAUUUUGCAUUGGAUAUUCGCAUGCCUGGGGUUACACCUAAACAGUCUGAUACGUAUAUCUGCAUGUCAUUACGUUUGCCAACAGAUGAGGAAGCCUUCGUGAUUGACUUCAAACCUCAUGCCAGCAUGGAUACUGUCCAUCAUAUGUUACUUUUUGGAUGCAAUAUGCCUGCGUCCACCGGAAGUUACUGGUUUUGUGAUGAAGGAACCUGUACAGAUAAAGCCAAUAUUUUAUAUGCCUGGGCAAGAAAUGCUCCCCCCACCAGACUCCCUAAAGGUGUUGGAUUCAGAGUUGGAGGAGAUACUGGAAGUAAAUAUUUUGUACUACAGGUGCACUAUGGGGAUAUUAGUGCUUUUAGAGAUAAUCACAAGGACUGUUCUGGUGUGUCCUUACAUCUCACACGUCUACCACAGCCUUUAAUUGCUGGCAUGUACCUUUUGAUGUCUGUUGACACUGUUAUUCCAGCAGGGGAGAAAGUGGUGAAUUCUGACAUUUCAUGCCAUUAUAAAAACUAUCCAAUGCAUGUCUUUGCUUAUCGAGUUCACACUCACCAUUUAGGUAAGGUAGUAAGUGGGUACAGAGUAAGAAAUGGACAGUGGACACUGAUUGGACGUCAGAGCCCUCAGCUGCCACAGGCUUUCUACCCUGUGGAACACCCAGUAGAUGUUAGUUUUGGAGACAUAUUGGCAGCAAGAUGUGUAUUCACUGGAGAGGGAAGGUCAGAAGCCACUCACAUUGGUGGCACAUCUACUGAUGAAAUGUGCAACUUAUACAUUAUGUAUUACAUGGAAGCCAAGCAUGCUGUUUCAUUUAUGACCUGUACACAGAAUGUAGCCCCGGACAUGUUCAGAACCAUACCACGAGAGGCCAAUAUUCCAAUUCCUGUGAAGUCUGAUGUGAUUAUGACCCAUGGCCAUCACAAAGAAACAGAGAACAAAGAUAAGCCUUCUUUACCACAGCAACCAAAACGGGAAGAGGAGGAAGUAUUAGACCAGGGUGAUUUCUAUUCACUUCUUUCCAAGCUGCUAGGAGAAAGGGAAGAUGUUGUUCAUGUGCAUAAAUAUAAUCCUACAGAAAAGGCAGAAUCAGAGUCAGACCUGGUAGCCGAGAUUGCAAACGUAGUCCAAAAGAAGGACCUGGGUCGGUCUGAUGCCAGAGAGGGUGCAGAACGUGAGGAGAGGGGCAAUACUAUUCUUGUCAGAGACAGAAUCCACAAAUUCCACAGACUAGAAUCUACUCUGAGUCCAGCAGAGAACAGAGUUUUCUCAUUACAGCAACCCCUACCUGGUGAAGGCUCCCGGGAACCAGAACACACAGGAGAUUUCCAUGUAGAAGAGGCACUGGACUGGCCUGGAGUAUACUUGCUGCCAGGCCAGGUUUCUGGGGUGGCUCUGGACCUUAAGAACAACCUAGUGAUUUUCCACAGAGGUGACCAUGUCUGGGAUGGAAACUCUUUUGACAGCAAGUUUGUUUACCAGCAAAGAGGACUUGGACCAAUUGAAGAAGACACUAUUCUUGUCAUAGAUCCAAAUAAUGCUGCAGUACUCCAUUCCAGUGGCAAAAAUCUGUUUUAUUUACCACAUGGCUUGAGUGUAGAUAAAGAUGGAAAUUAUUGGGUCACGGAUGUGGCUCUCCAUCAGGUGUUCAAACUGGAUCCAAACAGUAAAGAAGGUCCUCUGUUAAUCCUGGGAAGAAGCAUGCAACCAGGCAGUGACCAGAAUCACUUCUGUCAACCCACUGAUGUGGCUGUGGAUCCAGAAACUGGAAUCAUCUAUGUAUCAGAUGGUUAUUGCAACAGUCGGAUUAUGCAGUUUUCACCAACUGGAAAGUUUAUCACACAGUGGGGAGAAGCAUCUUCAGGGAGCAAUCCUAAUCCAGGCCAGUUCAGUGUUCCUCACAGCUUGGCCCUUGUACAUCAUUUGGGCCAGUUAUGUGUGGCAGACAGGGAAAAUGGUCGGAUCCAGUGUUUUAAAACUGACACCAAAGAAUUUGUGAGAGAGAUCAAGCAUGCAUCAUUUGGAAGAAGUGUAUUUGCAAUUUCAUAUAUACCAGGUUUGCUCUUUGCGGUGAAUGGGAAGCCUUACUUUGGGGAGCGAGAGCCUGUACAAGGAUUUGUGAUGAACUUUUCCAGUGGGGAAAUUAUAGGCAUCUUCAAGCCAGUACGCAAGCACUUUGACAUGCCUCAUGAUAUCGUUGCAUCUGAAGACGGGACAGUGUACAUUGGGGACGCUCACAGCAACACGGUGUGGAAGUUCACCUCGGCUGAAAAAAUGGAACAUCGAUCAGUUAAAAAGGCUGGCAUUGAUGACCAGGAAAUCAAAGAAGCCGAGGCAGUUGUUGAAACCAAAAUGGAGAACAUACCCACCUCAGAAUUGCAGAAGAUGCAAGAGAAACAGAAACUGAUCAAAGAUCCGGGCUUGGGAGUGUCCGUUGUUCUCAUAACAACCCUUCUGGUUAUUCCGGUGGUUGUCCUGCUGGCCAUUGCCAUAUUUAUUCGGUGGAAAAAAUCAAGGGCCUUUGGAGCAGAUUCUGAACACAAACUCGAGACAGGCUCAGGAAGAGUGCUGGGAAGACUUAGAGGAAAAGGAACUGGAGGUUUAAACCUUGGAAACUUCUUCGCAAGCCGUAAGGGCUACAGUCGAAAAGGGUUUGACCGCCUUAGCACUGAGGGAAGUGACCAAGAGAAAGAUGAGGAUGACGCAAGUGAAUCAGAAGAGGAGUAUUCCGCACCUCUGCCCACACCGGCACCGUCCUCCUCCUGA